GCAGUCAUGAGAUGCCAUCUGAGUGCUGGGAACCCAACCCAGGUCCUCUGGAAGAGCAGUCAGUGCUCUUAACAACUGAACAAUCUCUCCAGCCCUGUUAAGACUCCAAACACCCAUAAAGAAGGAGGCCUCGAGGAUGGCUUCUAGCCACUGGAAUGAGACCACCACCUCCGUUUAUCAGUACCUCGGCUUUCAAGUCCAAACCAUCUACCCUUUCCAUGACAACUGGAACACUGCCUGUUUUGUCAUCCUGCUCGUGUUCAUCUUUACCGUAGUGUCCUUAGUCGUGCUGGCCUUCCUCUACGAAGCACUCGACUGCUGCUGCUGUGCGAAGAACAAAACCGUGAAGGACUUGAAGAGCGAGCCGAACCCUCUCAGGAGUAUGAUGAACAACAUCAGAAAACGUGACAGUGAGGUGGUCUAGCCCUUCUCAGAAGAGGAACAAAAGCUUUAAAAACAGCCUUCUGCCUCGUCUGAGGAACAUGAAAAUUUCCUGAAGCCAAUCGUUUCAACAAAAUUGCUUCUGACUUUGAAUGUCCACAAGAUUUCUAGUAGAAAACAACUCAAGUGUGCAUUUGUGUGUGUGUGUCCUUCAUUAAAUACAG